AAGAAGGGAGAGAUUUGACUUUGACUGAAACCGUUUGAUAAAAGAAAGAGAAACCUAAACCUAGAUCGACGAAAAGCAUCAUCGCCUAAAAUCGACAAACCUAAACCUAGAUCGACGACAAUAAUGCCGCCGCGGAUUGGAAAUCAUCGGAGGGAAGAAUCUCUUCGUCUGAUGAGGGACACUAAGAAACUUGUGGAGAAAUACGGUGUGUUCGACAUCAAGGGUGGUACGCUCGAGCUAAGGGAAAACAUCUGUGAUGAACGGUUUCCUUGUCCUGGCUUAGUCUUGCUCUACGCUAGGAUGGGCCUUCAUCGUUACAAUUUGCUGCAGGGUACAAAGUUUCAGCUGAGUCGCGUGGAGAAAUACAUACUCUCAAGGCCACCUGGCGUUGUUGCUGGCUCUUACUACAUAACUCUGGAUGCAACGGAUCCAGCUGGUUCGCUUCAAACUUUUCAGACUCAUGUAUCAGAAAAAGGUUAUGGCAGAUUUACUCUCUCUUGCAACAUUGCAAGAAUUCGAGGGGAAACAACCAAUGUCAAAAGACGAUCUCAUCAUAUAGAUCGUGGCUUGCCUGAGUGGCCGGCAGAGAAUCCUUUUGAAAAAUAUAACCUGGUGGAGGAAUCAGACAAUGACUGGAUUCGUCUAUAUAUGGAACUUGCUGUUGCCACAAAGGAUAGGAGUAGGGAAGCUAGUGAUUAUGGUCCCUCCAAGUUGGAGAUUGUGAAGGUCGCAAUGGAUGCGAAUGGUGAGGGACUUAAUGCCCUAAAUGCGACCUUUUACGUAAGGUACAAGGACUUGUACAAGACUCAGUCUGGUAAGGUUUUGGACCGCUUUGCUAUAGUUAGAAGACGCUUCCAUGAGGAUACGGGAAGCUUCAGUCUCGUUGGUUCUCAAGUUACCCGGACUUCAUAAUGAGUUCUCUUCACCUCUAGCUACCCGUGAAGCUGCAGAAGAAUCAAUGGCAGUGGUCGCGGCUCGUUUAAAAGAUGAUGUACUAUUUCUUAAUAUUGCUGUACUAAAGUUGUCUGUGUAGUUAAAACAUGAAACUGCCGUUUUAAUGGUAGAGAAUAGUCUUGACUCUUGACCGGAGAUAUGGUAAGAGAUGAACGGAAGAGAGGUGAUGUUAUCUCUGACGUAGAUUCACAACACUUGUGUUUGUGUCAUGCAUGCGUUUUUCUCAAUUGAUUGUUUCUUUUUGGUAAAGGUUAA